AUGGAGCACUCUGCCGCCUCUCCUUCGCGCGCUGUCUCGCCUCGCGGCAGCAGCAACAGCAAAUCACCUCCGCGCGAGAAGCGCAAGCUCGAGUCCUUUGUCGCCGAGUCUGGCGAGACGUGGGAGUUCACCGAACGACCCGUCAAGAAGCCCCGUUCGUCCGGGCCUGGCAGUAACACCAGCACCAUCGCCUCGGGGUCGCCUCCCCUCACCCAAAGGCCAUCUAUCUCAGCAACCUCGCCGACCCGCGGCAAGCGGUCUCGCGACCCGUCGGACCAGGAUGCCGACGCUCAGCCCCCUUCGCCCAAGAGGCGCAUGACUUCGGUCAAUGACCUCGACGGUGACCACGCAGCUGCCCUUCGCAGGGCUGACUGGCUAAGGUCUUCUCGCAGCAGAAGACAGGGGGUUGCAGCAAGUAGAUCCCGUUCUCUUUCGCAAAGCGGGCUACUCGGUGAGUUCAACGCGGGCUCUGGCGCAGGUCAGAGUGCCGGCUACGUGGAGUUGGAGGAGUUGGAGGAGCUGCCCGACUACGAGAGUGACGAAGACCUCGGCCAGCAUGCCGACAACACCCCUGAACAAGUGGCAUCGUUCGGGGUGCCUGCCAUGACCCUGCCUCCCGCCAGUUCCUUCCAGGAGGGUCAGGAGUCGAGAAUGCCUGCGGUGGCAUCAAUCGAGACCGACUCGGGCAAGAAGCACCCAACAGGCCUGUUGUCUGGUCAUCUCUGGACCCCCGACUGGUCUCUGAAAGUCGCUCUCCGAGUCCCCAGCGGUAGUGAGAGCGAGGUCGACAGCCCCCAACUGCUCCGAAGCAAGUUCGGUGGUUUCGCUCAAGCUGCCGCAACAAUUCGACAUCGUUCCGAAGCCCAGCAGCAAUUAGCGAGGGAGCCUGGAUAUACCAGUACCUCAGCCAGCGGACCCGGCCUUGUCGCAGCCGUGGGUACCGCCACUACCAGCACCAAGGGCCGUCUCUCGCCGAUCAGAGAGUCCAGUGCUGAGAUUGUGCAAGCCAUCAAGCUUCAGAGCACUCCGUCUCCAGUCUCCGAGUCUCAUGAUAUCAACGCGACAAUUCCGCCAAUGUUUGAGCUCUCACCAUCAGCAGAGCAAUUACCUACAAUGUCUCCUGCAUCCCUACAAUCCGGAAUCAUCGACGAACCGUCGCAGCAGCUCUUAUCCGAACUCGAAAACUACGCCAGCAACAGCAAAAACUUUUAUGAAUCGCAAGUGAAGCCAGAGAAAGUGAAGGUCGAAGACGAGUACAGCACAAUCGUCAGCGCCCAUGAAACAAAGUCGACAGAGACGCGCGCAGCCGCAAACGCCGCAAACCCCACAAUCCCGCACCAACCACAAGUUGCUGCAUCCGGCGCGUCAAUCGUCAACUCACGCGCAGUCAUAACUCCCAUCCUACCGACCCUCGAAUAUACCGAGGAAGAAUUACAACACAUGAUGGCGAUCCACGCGACCGAAGGUCCAGGAGAAGAUGACUUCGAAGUCCUGCGCAUGUUAUGCGAUGAAUAUGACGGGCGCAUGGAAAUUGAUGACCCUGAAACAUUCAAUACCGCGCAGGACAGGAUCAGAAAACAACGCGACGAAGAUAUCAAAAAGGCCAAGGAACUCAGCAAGGCGCGUCAAAAGGUCGAAAAGCACCGCUCGCACAUCGACGAAGCCCCAGACGAAGAGCUCACCGAUGAACAUGAAUCAGAAGAAGCCGAUGAUGAUGACAUAUAUACCGACCACCUUCUUGCCAGCUCUCCGGAUGGCUUGCAAAUCGAAAAGCUCCGUCUCCAGACCGCAGUUGAACACUGGAAGUCACCCUGGCCAAAGCCUGAAGAUCUCCCAUCAAAUCACUGGGCACAAGAAGCGCGCACUUUUGCAACUAACCAAGCAAAGGCGUCGAAUGCUGCUGAGAAGCAUUACUGGGCCAGUCGUAGCAUUCAAGCAGAAUCUUACGCCAAAGGAGAGUUCAAAUCUGCCCGAAUUUCCAACAUUCAUAUUUCGCUUUCUUUGGUCGAUUGGAAGAAGAGCAUUACCACAUCCGAAGAGGAAGCAGCUGCUUUUGCCGAAGAAAUCAGCCAAAUCACACUCACCGAAGAGGACCCAGAGGCAGCCUCGAAAGCAAGACUCGCCGCCUUUCUUUCCCAAUUACCUCCUGAUCUGGACCAAAGUGUCACAGACAUUCUCAACAAGACCAAUCCCCGCCAAGCAAUUGUCAAAUCUCAAGAAGGCAACGACCUGAGUCGCGGAGACUUUGCCACUCUCCUGGAUUCCCCUAACUAUCGCACCGGCGAGCCCGAAGGAUGGCUCAACGACAACAUUGUCAAUGCCUUCUUCACCGCGUUGUGCAAUGGCAUGAAUGACAAAGCCGGUCACACCAAAGGCAAGGUACCCCCUUACACAUCCUAUGCCACUGGCUGGUAUGGCUCUGUUGUACAAAAGGGUGUUACCGCUAUCGAGAGAUGGUCGCGCCGCAAGGGCAUCAAAGGCGACAAGCUCUUGCAGUGUAAGCGCAUAUUCUUCCCAGUCAACCCGGGCAAUCACUGGUCUCUGCUUGUCAUUUGCCCAGACAUUCACACGAUCGAGUACUUGGACAGCCUGGACGGUGGACACUCAGUGAAUCGCAAGAGCGCCAAGUACAUCAAAUUGGGUCGCGAAUGGCUCAAGAUGGAGCUAGGCGACAAAUACGUCGAGGCUGAAUGGAACCCAGUCGACCGUCGCAGCGCCAUCCAGAACAACGGCUCGGACUGUGGCGUAUUCACUUGCCUCAAUGGUUUGACCUCUGCACUUGAGCUCAGUAACCCGGCAGAGGAAUUUGGACCAGAGCAAAUCCCCCACGCUAGACGCGCAAUGGUUUCUAUGCUCAAGCUGGGAGGUUUUAGCCAACACUUUGAGCUCUGA